AAACAUCGAAAGAACGACCAUCUUAUUGUGUUGCUUGUGGUGAUUCUACUUGUGGUGACCCUUGUGGCGCCCAAGAAUUAUAUGUUUACAAUGACUAUUGUGUUGCCAAGGAAUCUUCUGUAUGUGGUAACGAUGUUGCCCAGAAUUCUUUUGUUUGCAUUGACCCUUCUGGUGCUGAUAAAAUGUUCGUUCGUUCUGUUGCUAAAGAACCUUUAGUUUGUGAUGGCUUUGUUGCCGAAGAACCAUUCAUUUGCGGUCACCAAAGUGAUGUUGAGGAAUUUUUUGUUCACAAUAACUCUAGUAGUGCUAAGGAACCUUUUGUUUGUGAUAAUCUUCAUAGUAUUGAGAAGCCUUUAGUUUGUGGUAUUCUUGAUGAUACUGAGGAAGAAUUUUUUAAUCACAACCAGGCUAGUGUUUAUGACUUUGCUCAAGCUGACGACAAUCAUCAACCAGUUAUUUUUCAUGAUCAGCAUUUUGGUGUUCACGAUCUUGAUGAAGUUAAUAUUGACGAUUUUAACCAAGAAAUGACCUUUGACUAUAUAUCUGAAAAUCAUUUUGUUAAUGGAUUUCAAGAAACUGAGGCUGAUAAUGGAUCGUUACAUCAAAUAGUAGUUGGAAUGGUUUUUGAAAGUUGGGAAAAAAUCGAUAAAUGGUUAAAAUUUUAUGCACUGGAACAAGGGAACGGUGAUAAUAUUGCAGAAUUUGCACUUGCUAUCAAUAAUCCUAUAGAAAUUAAGACAAAAGGUCGACCAAAAGGAUCAAAUCAUGUAAACAUAAAUAAAGAUAAAAGAAAGCAAGCAUUUAGUUCUAGUCAAAAUAGCAGGGCGAAUAAGAUUAGAAGGCCUUGGAAAGUACUAGGUGAUAUUGAUUUAAAUGGUAGUGAAUCUAGCAAAAAUAAUGGAAGAAAAUGUGGCAUUUGUAAUGUAGAGGGGCAUAAUACACGUACUUGUCACUUGGGUAAUUAA